UGCAAUUACAUUGGUAAAACAUUGAAAAUGAUUAGAUAAAUUCGAACUUGUCUGUGAUUCCUCGCAUUGCGUUCGUUGCUCAUACUGUGGGUGAUUCCAAUAAAUUUAGUUGAGUUAUUCACAUCGGCAGAUUUCAGUGUGCUCCGUUGUGAUCAUAAAAAUGGAAAAUACCACGGAAGGCAGCGAACAUGGGGUCACAGGAGUGAAUCAACAACAAGAAAUCGGUUCUCAAUUACCGCCUCCAUAUUCUACCGAUCCGUCGGUUUCAGAUUUUUUGCCGAUCAGUUAUUACGACCCAAACGUUCCCAAUUCCACGUUGAAUGUGUUUGAGGAGACCUUGAACAACGAAGACAGAUUCCAGCUGACUCCAAUGGGACGUGUCAACUCGACCGGAAACAUUUUUGUGCAAUUUCAAAACACGGCACAACAACCCAUUAUGUCUAGUAAGACUGUGCCGCCCGUACAAAACAUUUCUACUGGAAUGGACGAUUCCGCUCGUGCAGGUCAUGUCAUACAAAUAACCAACACGUCGUCGGGUCAACUAUUGAUGACUGGAAAGCGAACUGGUGAAUCGAUAAUAAUAUCAGCUGGAGAUCAAAUUAUAGGAGUGGUGGAAGGAAUGUUCAAUACGAGCCUAUUUACCACAGGUGCGCUGGGAGAGAUACUGUUUUACAGUACCCGAAGCGCUAAUUCGUCAGAGUUUACGCUAAUGUCCAAUGGUGGUGUCGCGCUUGCGCGCAUCGAAAAAGUACGAAACGAUUCUGCAGACGUCUCAAUUACACUUUUCGACUCGCUUAACGUUGAUUCACGGACGAAGGCUCUUCUAAUAUUUACGGGAUACUUAAUGGUGAGGUUAGCUCUACAAAAAUCAGUUGCGAUAAUCGGAAAUAUCUUUCUUUCCUUACUUUUAGUAUUGUCAAUUCGUACAGGAAGCUAUUUUGCGUAAGCUUUUCGCCAGACCGAAUUACGCGUUCACACGAGUUGUAUGCUCAUACAUUUUUUACUUCGUUGUUCUAAUGCUGUUCAUAUCAAUUCCAGUAAUCAUUUUAGCGCAUUUUAACCUGGAAUGGGCCAAAUUCUGACAUCUUCCUAAACCCAAAAUGGUAGCCCCUUCAAGUGACAACUUGAUAGUAUAGUCACAAUGAGUAAAUAUGAUAAAUAAAUGAGUAACACUCUGA